AUUGCAAAAGAUAACAAUACUAAUACGUCCAGUCCUGGAGUGCGUCGAUUUUCGUUUGCCGGUGUGCGAGUGUUGGAUACAGAAUAAACAUGAUGGAUAUACGUCCGAAUCACACGAUCUACAUCAACAACCUGAACGAGAAGGUCAAGAAGGAUGAGCUGAAGAAGUCCCUUUACGCCAUCUUCUCCCAGUUUGGCCAAAUCUUGGACAUUGUGGCACUCAAGACGCUCAAGAUGCGGGGCCAGGCGUUUGUCGUCUUCAAGGACCUCAACAGUGCCACGAACGCACUGAGGUCGAUGCAGGGCUUCCCAUUCUACGACAAACCGAUGCGCAUCCAGUACUCCAAGACGGACUCGGACGCGGUGGCCAAGAUGAAGGGCACGUACGUGGAGACGCAGCGCAAGCGCCCGGCGGUGGACGGCGAGGCGGUCCCCAAGAAGAGCAAGAAGAAGAAGGCGCCCCAGCACGUGGCCAGUGCCACCGCGGCCGUGGCUGGGCCCCACCUCCAGUCCCAGCCCAUGAUGAUGAUGAUGGCCCCUGGGGCCAUGAUGGGCUCCCUGCCCGAGCAGCCCCCCAACCAGAUCCUCUUCCUCACCAACUUGCCCGAGGAGACCAACGAAAUGAUGCUCUCCAUGCUCUUCAACCAGUUCCCCGGAUUCAAGGAGGUGCGGCUGGUUCCCGGACGUCACGACAUCGCCUUUGUGGAGUUUGAGAACGAGAUCCAGUCGUCCGCUGCCAAAGAGGCCCUGCAGGGCUUCAAGAUCACCCCGACUCACGCCAUGAAGAUCACCUUUGCCAAGAAGUAGCACCCCCCCCCCCCCCCCCCUCCCGUCUCCUUCUUGUGUACAUUCAGAGGGCCGAGGCGGCCUUCUCGGUUUCCGUUGACGCUUUUUUGCCCAUUUCUACGCAAAUAAAGACCAUCUUCAUUCA